AUGGCCAUCUUCUUCACUUCUACGCUUCUAAUCAUUUCAAUUAUUGCUACAACUGAGGGAAUGAAAACUAAUCGAAGUGCUUCAACCUCCGAUUCUAUCCAAGCCCAAAAGGAUUGUGAAGUGAUAUAUGGGAUGUUUGUGCCUGUAGCAGGGUCAAGAAUGCAUGGAGACGCCAAAGACGCAAUGAAGAAAAACAAUCCAAGUCUCACCAAUAAAUUAAUUGUAUCUGGUGGCAGCUCUAAAUAUUCAGUGACUUUACAGGUCAAAAACCAGCCGAAUUGUGUUGCCCAAAAUGACAAAAUUCCUGUAGAAUGUCAAAUUAAAGGAGACAAAUUGUCUGGAAAGUUGAUUUAUGACAUUGAAAACGGCCUUUCUGUCCAUGUUCCCUUCGAAAACACCCCAAUCUUUGUUGACCUGCUAUUCUUCGACCCUUGA